UCCACGUCGUACAAAACAACGAAAUUAAUAACAGUAACCUCAAAAUCUUCCAAAUUGCGUGUCUGCAGUGACGUGUUAUAACCCAGUAUACACCCAAUAAAUGAUAACAUAUGAGCGUGUAAACAGGUUUAAUUAAUAAAUUUAUCGACAGUAGUGAAGUAAUUUUUUAUCAAUAAAGAAAAAUGGUGUCGGUAUUGAACACAGUGGAUACCGGGCACGAGGAUAUGAUCCACGAUGCCGAAAUGGAUUAUUAUGGGUUGAGGUUAGCAACCUGUUCCAGUGACAAUUCCGUUAAAAUAUUUGAUCUUAAAAACGGCUCGCAGAGCUUGGUCGCCGAUUUGAAAGGACACGUUGGUCCGGUCUGGCAAGUCGCUUGGGCACAUCCAAAAUAUGGCAAUCUUUUGGCGUCCUGCAGUUACGACAGAAAAGUAAUAAUCUGGAAAGAAUUGGGUGAAUGGACCAAGAUCUACGAGCACACAAGUCACGAUUCUUCGGUAAAUUCUGUAGCAUGGGCUCCGCACGAAUUUGGUUUGAUACUUGCCUGCGGGAGUUCCGAUGGUUCGGUCUCAAUUUUGGUAAACAGUGGAGAUACAUGGGACGUGAGAAAAAUCCCAAACGCUCAUACAAUUGGCUGCAACGCAGUAGCUUGGUGCCCCGCUAUUGAAAGCAGCUUUGACUCCAAUUCUCAAAACCAAAGAGGUAGUUUGAUCAAGAGACUCGCGACUGGUGGAUGUGACAAUCUAGUAAAAAUUUGGCGGGAAGAUGGAGAUCGAUGGGUGGAAGAAAAUAAAUUGGAAGCUCACAGCGAUUGGGUAAGAGACGUUGCAUGGGCACCAGCUGUAGGAACACCUCGUGCUGCAUUAGCCUCGUGUUCUCAAGAUCGUCGAGUGGUGGUAUGGACAUCGACCGAUUACGCGAACUGGACACCAAUUGUAUUAAACGUAUUCGAGGAUGUUAUUUGGAACGUUAGUUGGUCAUUGACGGGUGGAAUAUUGGCGGUGAGCGGUGGUGACAACAAGGUGACUUUGUGGCGUGAGAAUUCCGAGGGUCAAUGGGCUUGUAUAUCCGAAUUGAACAAGGGUCAAGGAAACCUUAACAGCGCGGAUCAACGCACGCUUUAGAAAGGAAUCGAGGAUCGGGACUGUAUGAUAAUAUGAAAACAAUUCGUCGCUAGCUGCUGCGACGAUUCUACAUAAAUGCGCUACUUCGUUAUUAUUCCUCUUUUUCAUCAAUUAUAGGACAACAAACAUAACAAAAAGAAUCGUAAAUAAAUGGAUUAUUCGUUAAAA